UACAGAUGACUGCUAGGUGGUGUAAAAGAAAUAGAGAGCAUGUUUCAUGUUAGCACAGAUUUCUAAUUUGUACUGUUGGUAAACAAAGUUGUGGUUGUAAAUUUAUGGUUGUAAAUACUGAACGAAUGAAGUGUUUAAAAGGUCUGCACGUACAAUCAAAGGUAGCUGACAAAAUUUAGACAGAAUUUUAUACGUUCAAUCGAUAGAAUAUUGACAUAAAUAUGAUUCAUGAUUAAUUUAUAAACAAAGGCGUUUUAUAUAUCUGUAAUUAAUUGACAAAAACGGUAAAACGGAUACAAUCAUGGACCAGUUAAGUAUUGAAAAAGGACUAACGAUUUCUUAUUUAUUAUGUGCUAUUAUGGGUAUAAUAUCAUCUGUUACUACUGGUAUAGCAUGGGGUCAUUGGUAUCUCAGUUUAGAUCAAUGUGGCAUAGGCCGAAAUUGCAGUUGUAUCUUGUAUGGACAAAACACAUUUUCUAGAUUUCUGGGUGGUGGACAAGCUCCGUGCAUAUGGAUAACUUAUGGACCUCUUCUUUAUGUAUUUCUAGCCAUUUGCAUGACUUGUUUUCAUGGAUACAGGGUACUAUUUACUACCAAAUCUCCAAAAAUGAGAACUAAAAGAUCUGUUAUUGCUAGAAUGAAUCAUGGGUCAUCUGUUCAAAUUGAAACCAUAGCCCAGGAAGAUAUAAGUUCUUUAUACCGCUGUUUUUGGAUUACCAUUUAUUAUAUUGGAUAUGCUCAAAUAUCGUCGACUUGCAUACACAGGAGUGUAUCUGAAAAUUCUGUAAUUUAUGCAAUUCUAAAAUGUUGGCCCAAGAGAAACUUACUGUGAGAAAGCAAUUCUAAAUUAGUUGUAAACUUAAGUAAAUAAAUCAGGAAUAAUGGUAGAAUGAGUUAUGUCUUUUUGAGGGCAGCUAGAGGCUAGAGAACACAAUUUUUAACUCUAUGAGAACACCCAUGAUACAAAGAAAACAAGGUAUGAUCGAUAGCAGCUACAAUUUCGUUCAGUUUGCGCAUACCACAUGUGACGUCAUACGCCAUACAAAGAAAUAUCCAUAUUGUUCAAUUGUCACUAAUAAAAAAGGCCUAAAUAGGGAAGAAUUAAGACAUAACCUCAAAAGUUAUGUCAAAUCAUUGAGCUUGACAUUUCCCCAUUUAUUAUGUGUGCUUGCCAACCAAUGGAGCAGUUAGCACCUGUGACGUAAUCACCAAACCUGCGCAAUAUCAUACCUUGUUUUCUUUGUAUCAUGGAGAACACCAAUUUUGAUGUAUGACUGUAUGACCACAAUAAAACAAAUUUGGAGAUACGUCCCUUUGUGUGCAAGCCAACGAUAUAUGUAAAAAAAACAAAUUAUAGGAAAAAUUCAUUCAUAAAGAGCAAAAACCCCAUACACCGGCGGGUAUAUUGGCCAAUUUGAUAUGACAUGGGCCAAAUGUGCGGAUAAAACUAUUUAAAACUGUCACGGGACAAAACCGCAGCUAAUAAAUUGAAGGAUUUAAAGGACAUGUUUGAAAAUGUGUAGUUUGAAAUGUUGAAAAAGUAGUAAAUUAAAGAAAAUAUUUUUUUACGCGUAAAAAAUAGUAUUUUGCGUGUAACGUAUACCUAAGGAAUGAUCGAAACGAACGGCGUCCAGUUGGCUUGGAAUGAACAUUGAUUACAUUACCCAUAUAAUUUUACAUAUAAAAUGACAGCGAUCUUCAUUUCAUAGCCAUCGCUGA